ACACCACGGAGCAGACCUAAUUUCGGUAAAUCAGACUACGUCCAUCGACUGUCUGCAUUUAUGCGAACGCUGUCUCCGGUGUCAACUCGAAUACAACAUCGACAGGUCGCUCUCUCUCGAGAGUUAUCUACCUGUUCACAUGUCUUUGUACGAGUAGAUUCGGUACGCAAACCUUUGCAACAACCUUACGAAGGCCCUUUUCGCGUGAUCGCUCGUCACGAAAAGACCUUCAAGGUUGAUCGACACGGCCGCGUCGAGAUCGUCAGCAUUGAUCGUCUCAAACCAGCACACGUCGAUGACUGUGCCCUAUCUGAUAACCUGAGAUUCAAUGCUAGACCAAGCAAACCUACUAGCGGGAUCCUCAAACCAUCUUCAGGUCCCACACUAGAUACACCUGAGACCUCACUCUCACGUCCCAGUCAACAGCACGCGUCAUCUGCACCGUCUACGGACGAGACGACAGUCUCACGUCCAGAUCAGCAGACCACGCCGCCCUUGACUUCGGAUGAGAUUGCAGGCUCACGCGACGCGAACGAGACUGCCGUCUCACGUUCCGGUCGCCGAGUACGUUUACCCGUACGCUUCCUCGACUAGUCGCACAGUCGACAACCGAUACGGUGUAGGAAUAUUCCUAUGCUACUUGCAUGCUACACUCUUCUCUUUUUUUGAUUCUCUUUUUGUUUCCUGAGCCCACGCCUUCGACCAUCUCCGUUUGGUUCCGUCGACUUCAGUCAACUUUGGCGAAAGCUGGAUUGGCCACCCACGCUCUUGUCAACGCACUCAGUCGAUAUAUUGGUUUCGAAUGCUUGGCAUACGCUUGGUCUCGAACUUGAUCGUUAUGGUCGCUUCUGGUUCAUCGGCUCAACGUGGUUUCGUCCUACGUCUGCAGCGUUUCUGGUGCGCACUCCUACGAACGCCCUCUUCAGAUUCUGGAUACAAACCACUCUGGUGUAGCAUGCCAACUCAAUCAAUAAAUACAACACAUCGCUCCUGGUACCGUUCUCCGAAAACGACCUUCGUUGGCAACUCGACGAUUAACGAUCGCUUUCCUGUUCGCCAAUUCUUCCGUCCUACAAUCGCUCGUCAGCCGAUCAGUCCCACGAUUCAAACCGCUAUUUAUCGAAAGUGUAAACCCUUUCUAGCGGGGGGCUCCUGUAGUGACUCACGUUUAUCACGAGAACACGACUGGUUUAAUAAAAACAAUUAUUAUUAUAACCAACUGUACCAGUGUUUGUUUUAACGUGCUUUUGUUUGACUGUGCUAAUGACAGCUAUUUUGUGCUUCCGUUCUUUUUACACACACUUCGAUUGUAACUUCGCGCGAAUUCGGUUACGUUCUGUAACCAAGCUUGUAUCCUGGCACGAUCUCGGUAUCCUUUCGAUGCCACGAGAUCGCCAGCAAAUACAUAUCUCGAUUUGGUCCAUUAAUUGCCUUCUGGUAUUUGGCUUCUCGGGGAUUUUA